CUUGUCGCAGCGACGCGGUCACACCGCUUUAAUCUAUCAAAUGUGCUGCACGCGCACCACAACGAUACUAUUUCUUGGCGCGAGCGCUCGAAUGUUGCGAACAGCAAUUGCGCGGGAAACCGCGAAUUCGAUUUUUAAACUUUAGUAAUAAACUUUUUUUUUUUUUUCAAAAUGAGAUUUUUAAUAGUUUUGUGCUUAUGUGCCAGUGCGUGGGACGCAGUGUCGGGACAAGAUAUAGAGGCUAUGAAAAAUAUGCCGAAAUAUGACGAGCGUUAUGAUUAUUUAGACGUAGAUGCAAUUUUUAAUAAUAAGAGACUAGUGAGAAAUUAUGUGGACUGUUUAAUUAAUGGACUAAGAUGUACGCCAGAAGGAAAAGCACUCAGAAGGCUACUUCCAGAAGCGUUAAGAACGAAAUGCGUUCGUUGCUCAGAGAGGCAGAAGAGAACAGCAGUGAAGAUUAUCAAACGGCUCAAGAGUGACUUCCCCGACGAGUGGGCCAAGCUGUCCUCCCGGUGGGACCCCACGGGAGAUUUCACGAGAUACUUCGAAGUAUAUCUCGCGAACGAGCAGUUUAACGCUAUCCCAUACAAUGGCAAGGACACUCCCACGCCAGCACCCCCGCCGCCUCCGACGCAAGCACCUGUACCAGUGACGUCACAAGUGCCGUAUACCAACCCCACACCUCCGAGACCUCUCAUACUUAAUAGGUUCGGAGACGACGGUGAGCUGAUGGUGGGCAGUCCUUCCUCCGGUGUCACUCAACAACCAACUACCACGAGCACAAUGCCACCACCCACACGUCCUGCUAUACCUCCUAGGCCAACACCAGCAUCCUGGGCGAACAGACAGGAUGUCAUGACUCGUUUCCCGAUGAGAACCGAACCAACGUACACCACUGCUAUUACUCUUAUCGACCAGAUUGGCAUCAAAAUCAUCAGAACCACAGAACUCGUCACUGAUAUAUUAAAAAAUACAGUUCGUGCUGUGGUUGGAUGAUUUACAAGGCAUAAGCAGACAAGAACAUUACUUUGGACUUCGUAAUAUUGGGCUAAGAUUGGGCUUCAGGCGACUUUGUAAGCUGUUUCUUUAGGAUAUGUACGUUAUCACAUGCAUCCAACUGCUUAGUAAAUGUAGGAAGAGAAUACUGGGCAGCGUGGAAGUAAUAUCUGUAUCUAUCGGAAGUAAUAUCAUAAUCUAAAUCGUAUGUGAUUCAUUGAUACCAAUGCAAUUAAUCAUAAUUUCAUACGAUUGAUUUAAAAUCUAUUCUUUCAUAUUAUAAAUUUUGCAGUAGGUACUCGGACAUACAAAUUCAUAUCGACCUAUUGAAUUAUAAAUACUUAUAUAUCUAUUACUAUCUGUUUAUAUACCAUAUUAAAUUAAAAGCACAAAAAAAAUAAGAUUCAUGGCUGGAUUUGUUACACUUUAAAUUUUUCUUCUUGUGGGGGUCUAAUCUUUCCCCAAUACAGUCUAGUUAAAACUUGUUUAAGGCCUUAAGUUUAUAGAUAAUUAAGGCUAAAACUGAUUCAUGUACAUAGAUUUCAGCACUAAAUGAAAUACAUCGCUUCGAAAAGCUUUUAAAUAAGGACAAUAAUUGAAAUGACAAUCUUAAUUUAUUUUUUAUGUUUUGUUAUACGAACGUAGAUAGUUCGUUGUCAUGAGAUUUUAGGUCUUUUAUUUUAUAGUCAGUUAAGUUAUUUUUAUCAAUACAUAUAACCACAAAACAGUGGGUAACUUGUUUCUAAAUACAUACCCAUGUAAAAAUAGACUAUCAAAAUAUAUAUCAGAAAUAACAUUAUGUAUCAAUAUGUAUUUCAAGAUAUGGCAGUAGUUCAUUUAAAUUAGAUUAA